AUCUAGUAUCCGGUCACCAAUUUCCCACAACACCUUCUCCAAUACGCAACUAUGUCGCUUCCUCCAAACGCCCGCGAUGCUUGGUCGCAGCUCACCAAGAUGGCGCAGAAUGCGCAAAAGAAGGGCGGAGCCCCCGGCCCAAAAGGUGCAGGAGCUGGACUCGGAGCUCUGAUCCUGUUAGGAGGUGGAGUUAUGCUGGCAAACAAUGCGCUUUUCAACGUCGACGGUGGUCAUCGUGCUAUCAAGUAUACGAGAUUGGGCGGUGUGAAGCAGGAGAUUUACGCUGAAGGCACACACAUUAAGAUCCCGUGGUUCGAGACUCCCAUAGAUUACGACGUACGCGCGAAGCCACGAAACGUCGGCUCUCUUACGGGCACCAAGGAUCUUCAAAUGGUCAAUAUCACCUGCCGUGUGCUUUCCAGGCCAAGAGUCGAGGCCCUUCCCCAGAUCUACCGAACAUUAGGCACCGAUUACGAUGAGAGAGUCCUUCCCUCUAUCGUCAAUGAGGUGUUGAAGAGUGUCGUGGCACAGUUCAACGCGUCGCAGCUGAUUACCCAGCGUGAGAACGUUGCCCGUCUCGUCAGAGAGAACUUGUCCAUCAGAGCCGCCAAGUUCAACAUCAUGCUUGAUGAUGUUUCCCUCACUCACCUCGCCUUCUCCCCCGAGUUCACUGCCGCCGUCGAGGCCAAGCAGGUCGCCCAACAAGAAGCCCAGCGUGCCGCAUUCGUUGUCGACAAGGCCCGCCAAGAGAAGCAGGCCAUGGUUGUCCGCGCCCAGGGUGAGGCUCGUUCCGCAGAGCUGAUCGGUGACGCUAUCAAGAAGAGCCGCUCGUACGUCGACCUGAAGAGAAUCGAGAACGCACGAGCGAUCGCUACGAUCUUACAAGAGGCUGGUGGCAAGAACAAGGUGUACCUGGAUUCCGAGGGAUUGGGACUGAAUGUUACUGAGGGCUACGAGGAUAAGACGAAGAAGUAAUGUGAGAGCGGAAGGGAAAUCUCCACUGUAUUCUGAGCGCUUGCUGUAUAAAUAUCAAAAUGUAUAAGA